UAUCUAAAAGUUAGGUUAGAUUUUUCUAACCUAAAAAAAUCUUGUCUUAAGAAUCAUUAAUAAAAUUUUAAAUAAUGAACAAAAUAUUCUCCACAAUAAAAAAUCCCGAACUGACCAGCCUAAUAGUGAGAACAUACGCGUUCAAGUCCGAUCUUAAAAUAAAAUGGGUGAGACCAGAAAAGAUUUGCUGCACCAAGCCAGAAAAGUCUGGGGAUUUGGCCCCGAUGCCCCCCAUAGAUAAAAAACAGUUUUUACUUGAAUUCAGAAAUUCAAAAGAGCUAGAAACGGCCGAUGAGCAUGUCAAGAAACUUUUCAGUCUGGAAUUUAAUCCAUCUAAGUACACAAAGAAACUCUAUGUCCAUGAUAGCGUGGAAAAACUUAAAAGGCAUGAGUUUGAUUCUGGAUCUAUUGAAGUUAGAUUGGCUCGAUGGACAGGUUACAUAAGGGCUUGGCAAGAAGUAUUACAGAGAUUUCCAAAGAACAAGAAACUAAAAGUGUGUCUAAAAGAACUUAUUGACAAAAGAAAAAAGCAUCUAAAAUACCUAAGAAGGUGGGACUAUAAAAAGUUCGAAUGGAUCCUGGACCAGCUGAAUAUCAUUUACAAACCACCUCCGAAUGAGUUCAGAUGGGUCACCAGGAAGGAAUCCCUUGUAAAACUCACCAACAAGUAUUGCGAUGGCAUCAAGGAGAAAAGACUGGCCGAAUUAAAGCUUGCUUUUGAGAACGAACAACCAGCCUUCUUACAAGAGAAAAUUAGGUCGCUGGAAUUUAUCAGGGAUGAACAGAAGGAGUGUGGUGCCGAGAUAACUGUUACCCAAGAAGAAAUCGACGAGGCAAAGAAACAGUUGGAAGAAUUAAAGGCCAAAAAGGUGGUCGUUGAAGAAGCUUAAAUUUUGGUGUAGUAGGUUUUAAUUUCUUUGGAAGUUAUUAAAAAAGUUGUAAGAA